AUGUCCAACAGCAGCUCCAUCACAGAGUUCAUCCUGCUUGCAUUUGCAGACACACGGGAGCUGCAGCUCUUGCACUUCUGGCUCUUCCUGGCCGUCUACCUGGCUGCUCUCCUGGGAAAUGGCCUCAUCAUCACCACCAUAGCCUGUGACCACCACCUCCACACCCCCAUGUACUUCUUCCUCCUCAUCCGCUCCCUCCUUGACCUGGGCUCCAUCUCCACAACUGUCACCAAAGCCAUGGCCAAUUCCCUGUGGAACACCAGGGACAUUUCCUACUUGGGAUGUGCUGCACAGGUCUUUCUGUUUUCUUUUUGGCUUGGGGCAGAGUGUUGUCUCCUUACUGUCAUGGCUUAUGACCGCUACGUUGCCAUCUGCAAACCCCUGCACUACGGGACCCUCCUGGGCAGCAGAGCUUGUGUCCACAUGGCAGCAGCUGCCUGGGCCACUGGGUUUCUCAAUGCCGUGCUGCACACGGCCAAUACAUUUUCACUGCCCCUCUGCCGAGGCAGUGCUGUGGAUCAGUUCUUCUGUGAAAUCCCUCAGAUCCUCAAGCUCUCCUGCUCAGAUGCCUACCUCAGGGAGGUUGGCUUUAUUGUGGUUAGUGUUUGUUUAGUAUUUGGGUGUUUUGUUUUCAUUGUGGUGUCCUAUAUUGAGAUCUUCAGGGCCGUGCUGAGGAUCCCCUCUGAGCAGGGACGGCACAAAGCCUUUUCCACGUGCUUCCCUCACCUGGCCGUGGUCUCCCUGUUUCUAAGCACGGUCAUGUUUGCUCACCUGAAGCUCCCCUCUCUCUCCUCCCCAGUUCUAGACCUGGUGGUGGCAGUUCUGUACUCCGUUUUGCCUCCAGUAGUGAACCCCCUCAUCUACAGCAUGAGGAACCAGGAACUCAAGGAUGCCCUACGGAAACUGGCCCGUUGGAUAGUGUUUCACUAA